CUGGGCUUCCUGUGCAAGGAGAAAAGAGGAUGGCCAGCCUUGCCUCCAGGGUCAAGUGGAGAAAGCUGGGACCUGGCUCUUCUGAAAGGAUGGAAGAAGUCUUGGUGACACGAACAAAGGAACCUGAGGGAGAAACAUCAGUCACCCAGGAGCUGUCAAAAUGAGUGACAACAGUACUUUGGCUCCUCCAGCACCAAGCCAGGGUCCCACCACACCCCGCAAAGGGCCGCCCAAGUUCAAGCAGAGGCAGACUCGCCAAUUCAAGAGCAAGCCUCCGAAGAAAGGUGUGAAAGGGUUUGGAGAUGACAUUCCAGGCAUGGAGGGGCUAGGGACAGAUAUCACGGUGAUCUGUCCCUGGGAAGCGUUCAGCCAUCUGGAAUUGCACGAGCUCGCUCAGUUUGGGAUCAUCUAAGGCACCAGAGGCGCUGCCACUCCUAUUCAUUAGCAUCUGCUCUAAACCCUGCUACUUUGCCCUAGUGAUCUGCAGAAUCUGGAAGUUUAGUAUUCACAAGUAGUUUUGGGGGAGCUUAUGUUGCCAUUUCUGAUCAGUUACUAUUGAGUUCUAAGUAUCAGAAUCACGCUUGCAGUAUGGCUCAGCACAGAAUAGUAAAUGAAAAUCAGUAUUUGUUGGGGCAUUUCAAGUUUUACCACCUUUUCCUAUCAGCUGGUCAGAAGUCAUCAAUAUUUCUCCAUAUUUUGUUUAAGUUUCCUCAAUUUAUUUUGUGAGGCUUUCAUUAUAAUUGGCAGUAGACUUCUGAGAUAAUGCUUAUGUCACAGUCCUCCCAUUUUUAAUUAAUAAAGGAGAAACUUACUUUGAAUCUCAUGAUGUUGUACUAAAUGUGUUGAAUUUCUGACACCUUGU